AUGGACUCACCGCGUGAGGAACCCCGCAAGGAUGGCCUCAUUGUUGACAAGAUCGACGUGCAACACAACGAGGACGCGCUGCGGGAGACGGACCGCCAGAUGAGCGCGUGGCAGUGCCUCCGUCAAAACCCCAAGAUCGUCUUCUGGACUCUCUACGCCAACAGCAAGUUGUCCCUCCCCAUCGGUUCCACUCUUGUUGGCUUUGAGAACCUUGCACUCUCCGUGUGUCUGGCGAUGCCGGCAUUCCACACACAGAACUCAGCUAACAAGCACCAACCUCCCCUUCGCAGGAAGACCUUUGCCACGGAAGUCAACGGCCAACUCAUCAUCCCGGCCUACUGGCAGUCGGCCUGGAGCGCCAUGUACAACGUCAUGAUGAUCUUUGGCUCCUUCGCUGCUGGCUAUAUGCAGGACUGGCUCGGCCGCCGGUCCGUCAUUCUCCUGGCCUCGGUCGUGGCCGCGGCGGGCAUCGCCGUCACCUUCGUCUCGAAGACGUCCCCCCAGUUCCUCGGCGGCAAGAUCAUCGCGGGCUUCUCGGUUGGCCUGUUCACAACGACGACGCAGACGUACGUGUCCGAGAUUGCGCCGCUGCCGAUCAGGGGCAUGGCUCUCUCGGUCAAUACCAUCAUGAUGAACCUGGGCCUUCUCAUCGCCAUCUCGACGAGCUUCUCCCGCGUCGCCAUCAUGGACGAGUCCGCCUUCCGCGUCGUCUUCGCCGCGGCCUGGGCGUUCCCCGGCAUCAUCGCCCUCGGGCUGCCCUUCCUCCCGGAGUCCCCGACGUGGCUAGUCUUCAAGAACCGGCACGACAAGGCCCGGAAGGCCCUCCAGCAGCUCUCGGGCCCGUCGGAGGACAUCGACGCGCGUCUGGCGCAGAUCAUCGACAACGUCGAGACGGAGCGGCGGAUGCAGCUCGAGGCGGCCUCGUUCGCCGAGUGCUUCCGCGGCACCAACUGGCGGCGCACGCGCAUCAUCCUCAUCUGCUUCUACGUCCCGCAGGUCAUCGGCGCCGUCCUCUCGUCCAACGCGCCCUACUUCCUCAACCAGACAGGCCUGUCGAGCGCCACGGUGCUGAUGCUCGUGCAGGUCGGCAUCGCGGCCGGCGUCGUCUCGGCGCUCGUCAACGCGUUCCUGAUGAUGCGGCUGCGGCACAGGCCGCUCAUGUUCUUCGGCGUCGGCGUCUGCGUCGCCAUGUACUUCGCCAUGGGCGUCGCGGCGGCGUUCCCCAAGACGCAGACGUCGCUGCUCGUCAUUGGCAUCGCGCUCGUCUUCACGUCCAUCUCAUACGGGCCCGCCGUGGGCGCGUCCAUGGCGGUGGCGGGCGAGGUGUCGGCGUCGAAGCUGCGGGCCAAGUCGCUCGGCAUCGGCGUGGCCUUCUCGUCGGUCGUGUCGACGAUCUGGACCAUCGUCCUGCCGUACCUCUUCAACGUCGACCAGCUUAACAUGGGCGGGCAUAUUGGGUGGAUCUUCUUCGGCAUGGGCAUCCUGAUGCUGUUCGUGCUCUACUUUGACGUGCCGGGCACCAAGGGCCGCACGUUCGAGGAGCUGGACAUCAUGUUCGAGCUGGGCAUCUCGGCGCGCAAGUUUGAGAAGUACAAGCUCAAUGAAGGACCUGCGGAUACGGAGUGA